AUGCCACCCGCUACGCGUCGCCGCCACCAGCCUCAGCCUGAGCCCGAAGCGCCCCUCGAUCCACCCUCCGACCUCGAUGAUGUAAGCCAUGAUGAUCCUGCCAGCGGCUAUAUGGAGUCUGUUAUGGCCGACAUCUACGCGGAAGCCGAAGACGACGAAGACGAGGCCCCACCAGAAUCUCCGACUGAGCCGAGCACGCCACCAUUGCCACCAAACUUGAAGGAGAUCUCGUCACUCGCAUCAUGGACUGUGUCAAGCAGUAAGCCAGGCUGCGGCGUACCCCAGCUGCGAUCCUCCGCAACGUCGCUCUUCUGGCAAUCGGACGGCCCUCAGCCGCACUAUCUCAACAUUCACUUUUUCAAGGUCGUCGAGAUCGUGGCGAUGCGCAUCUACCUCGAUUUCGACCAGGAUGAGAGCUACACACCCACCAAGAUCGCAUUCUUAGCUGGCAUGGGCGAAAUGGACCUACAGGAGUGGGGCGUCAUGUCCUUUGUUGAGCCGCGAGGCUGGGUGAAUGUCGACUUCGAAGGUGUUGGAGCCGUCGACGGGUCCGAUGAUGAUGUCUCGGGCUCCGAAGAUGAGCUUGGCGAUGAUGAAGGUGAGGACGAAACGGGGCGCAGGAGAAGGAAGCUUCCGGUCCUCCGAGCGAUGUUGGUCCAGGUGAAGAUCCUAGAGAACCACCAGAACGGGAAGGAUACGCAUCUGAGGGGGUUGCAAAUAUUCGCCAGAGAUAAGGCGUUUAAAGAAAGACGAGCCAACACUACCGGGCUAUCAGCAAACACCAUAGUAAAAGCCGAGGCUGCGGUAAGCAAGAAGAAGAAAAAGAAGCCCAGGGACAUGCCCGAGCCAGACUUUGCCAUAGCGGAGUUGAGGUAG